GUGCCGGUAGGACGCGGAGGGCGCGGUGGACCGUAGCGGUGCCGGCUGUGCGACCGGCUGCGCGAGGAUUACGACGUGUUUGCGGGGUAUUUCGAGGACGUUCCGGAUGUGGAAGUGGCGCGGAUUGAUAUCUCGAAGAACGACGUGCCGGGCUUGGAGAUGAAGAGCUAUCCUAUGUUCGUGUUGUACAAGGCAGGAGAAGAUGGAAGACAGAUGGUGACGUUUGAGGGAAGUCCGAAGAUUAGCAACUGGGUUGAUUUCUUGAAGGAACAUCGGGUUUAUGUCAGUCCCCAGGAAGCCAUGGAGAAGAUGAUGGAGAUGGAAGUGGAGACUGAGUUGUGCAUUGUUUGUUUCACACAUGCAGAAGCAGGGUAG